AUGUCUCGGUUUAUCCUAUUCAUAGCCAUAAUAAUCUCUGUCAGUGGUUCAACACCUGUGUUUGCUGACGAUGAUGAGCGAUAUCUAAACUGCAGCAAAACGUUUGAUUGCGGAAAUAUUAAGGAUAUUCCUUAUCCUUUCUGGGGAUCCAAUAGGCAAGAUUACUGUGGCUAUCCAGGGUUGGAGCUCAAUUGCAUUAACCAAGAUCCGGAGAUCACAAUCAUGCAAUCGACUUACAAAGUCCUUGGUAUCGAUAAUCAGUCGCGGACUCUCAAUGUUUCUAGAACAGAUUACACAGAAAAUCUCUGUCCAACUCUCCUGUCCAACACCUCUUUGGAGCAAAACCCCUUGGAAUAUACUUCAGAUCAUGGUGAGGUAACACUGUACUAUGGUUGCCCUGCUCCAAGUCCGCAAGGGCUUUCCGCUCGGUUUACUUGCACCAUUAACGAGACUGAUAUGAUGGGCUACUUUAUAACAGCCAACCUCUCUGAACUUGUUUCAAUUGCUCCUGGCUUAAUCAGCUACCUGACAACAUGCAAUAAUAGCGUUAAAGUUCCAAUACGUCAAUCAGCUAUUCUGCCGAAUAUAGACAUUACUACCGUAGAACAGUUGCUUGGAGUUCUUAAUCAAGGUUUUGGGUUAGAGUGGAAUGCAAAUGAUGACUUAUGUGAAACAUGCAAACUUUCUGGUGGGCAGUGUGGGUACAACCAGACUACAAAAGCAUUCACUUGUUAUUGUGCUGAUCAACCUCGAGAUUUUAAUUGCGCAGCAUCACCACCUAGUCAAUCAACAAAGUCGUCUAAGCCAGAUCCACUUAAAAUAGGGCUUAGCACAGCAGGUUGUGUUGUUGGUCUCUUUGUGGGAUGCUGGCUCAUGGCCAUUAUACAACGAAAGAGAAGAAAAGCUGCCCUACUGAAAAGCAAAGACCUUCCUAUAGCUACUCCUGCUUCAAGCAAAGGCCUUGCUACUUCGACUAAUCUCUCUCGAAGCACCCCUUCUCUUACCUCCUCAAAGUCUGACAUUGAUAGGGGUAGUACCUACUUUGGAGUUCGGGUUUUCAGCUACAAAGAACUUGAGGAAGCCACUAACUUUUUUGAUCCCUCUAAAGAACUCGGAGAUGGAGGGUUUGGAACUGUUUACUAUGGAGUACUCAGGGAUGGGCGUGUGGUUGCCAUCAAGCGCCUAUAUGAGAACAACAUGAAACCUCUAGAAGCAGUGGACACCAACAGGCAUCGACAUGAUAUUAAUUUGUCCAACAUGGCAGUGAAAAAAAUCCAAAAUGAUGCUUUAUAUGAGUUGGUCGAUCCAUUUCUUGAAUUCGAUAAGGAUUUCGUGGUGAGGAAGAUGGUAACAUCAGUUGCAGAAUUAGCUUUCCGGUGUUUGCAACAACAGAGGGAAAUGAGGCCUGCUAUGGAAGAAGCAUUGGAGGUAUUGAGAAGAAUUGAGAAAGAAAAUUACGGAGCUGAAAAAGUAGAAGUAUUGGAUAUUAGUAAGGAUGAUGUUGGGCUAUUGAAGCACGCUCCUCCCCCACUUCAACUUUCACCGGACUCUAUGAGUGAUCAAUUUUGGGCAAGCAGUUCUUCAACUGUAGCACCCCAUUCCUACUAG